AUGCCAUCCACGUACAGCUUACUCGUCAGCCUUGCAGGCCUUGCCCCGGCGCUGGCACUGGGGACAGGCCAGAAGUUCAAGAUUGUCGACGGCGGGAGGUCCUUUGACCGCUUCAUCACAAUCUGGCUCGAGAACCAGGACUUCGACAGGGUUGUCAAGGACGAUCAUUUCGCCGACCUGAAGAGGGAGGGCAUCUCGCUCACCAAAUUCUACGCCCAGACGCAUCCCUCACAACCGAAUUAUAUCGCCGCAAUCGGCGGCGACUACUUCGGCAUCAACCACGAUGACCACGUCCGCAUACCCGGGAACGUCUCAAAUGUCGUGGAUUUGUUGGACACAAAAGAAAUCACCUGGGGAGGCUACUUUGAAGACCUGCCAGGCCCCGGGUUCAUGGGUCCGGCGAGCGAGGGCAGCACGGGGAAUGGAACGUGGGAUUAUGUUAGGAAACACAACCCCUUCGUAUCAUACGACAACAUCGCCAACAACGGGACUCGUCUCUGGUCUGUCGGCUCUUUCGACGACUUCAAGCGAGAUCUCGAAGCUAACGAAGUGCCCCAAUUUGUUUUCAUGUCGCCUAACAUGAUGAACGACGGUCAUAAUACUACACUCGACUUUGCAACCUCGUGGGCCCACCACUUCAUCGAGCCCCUCCUCGCCGACGGCAUUUUCAAGGAGCGAACCCUCAUUAUGCUCACCUUCGACGAGAGCGAAUCGUACGACAUCCCCAACAAGAUCGGGACUCUACUCCUCGGAAACGCGGUCCCCAGCGCACUGAAGGGAUCCGAGGAUGACACGUACUAUACACAUUACUCUAUCCUAUCAACACUGCAGAACAACUGGGAGCUGCCAUGCUUGGGGAGAUACGAUGUCGGCGCCAAUGUUUUCAAGCAUGUCGCGGCCACUACCGGCUUCCAAAACCCCGGCGAUCCUGACAACCUUGCCGGUAUAAACAAUAGCUUGUCAUAUCCCGGCGCCUUCCACACCGACCCGACGAAGCGGAAGCCUAUACCGUCGCCAAACCUUAAACUCGUCGGCGCCGGGGGAUUGCCGGUGCUUGACCAGGUAUACAACAAGUGGAGGUUUCACGAGAACGACUUGAGCCCUUAUGAUGGUUCUGGAGAGGCUUUUGAUGGGGCGGCAUACUUGCCAGAGUAUUUUGCGCAGGAGCCUAAUAUGGUCUUGCCCACAUAA